AUGAAGUUCCAAAAAUGGAAGUUCAAACCACCAUUGAUACCGUAUCCUCCUCCUCUGCUCUUCUUCCUUUCCUUUCCGUUCCGUUCCGUUCUCGUUCCGCGGUCCGUUUCGCUCCGUUUCAACUCUGCAUGGGAUUGUUUGACGGUCUGCCCCUCGAUUAGAGCUACUGAGGAGUCUUUACACAAGUUGGCUGACUUGACCGAAGCCGCCGAGUUCGAGGACUUCCGUGAUCCGGCCAAGAACGCUGCAGCGAAGCAGUCUGCUCCUAAGCACGAGCCCUUCUUGCGUCACCGGCUUCGCCGCCAUGUCGAGUUUUGGCAGUCUUUCGUCACAUCGAGCUUUGUGAUGGGUAUUCUGCUGACCGGCUACAUGCUGCCUUGGAUUUCCGCUCCUCCGACAGAGCCUCACCGCUUUCCCAACCACCCGUCAGCCUUCGAGCACGCCAGCUUCGUCACGGAUGCCGUCAGCAACCUCUUGGCGACAGGCACGAUUCAAUCCGUUUCUGAUCCCCCCUUUCUAGUUAGUCCCCAGGGGGUCGUGCCCAAAGCGGAAGACAAGCUGCGCCUUACCUUGGAUCUUCGUUUUCUCAAUCAAUUUCUUCAAAUUACGAAGUUCAAGUACGAGUCGAUCCGGAUGAUCUCGGAGCUCUGUUUGCCUAAGAAUCUGCUCUUCACCAUCGAUCUCAAAGCUGGGUAUCACCACAUCGACAUCUUCGAGCCGCACUGGAAGUUGUAG